AUGUCGCCUCGAACAAGUGGCCUUCUUGACAGCGAUGACUGGGACGAAGCAAAGUCUGACUCGUCCUCAUCAGACUGGGCCAUCAGCAAAAAUUACUGGAAGCCAUCACAAGCAGGCGGCAAGAUAAGACAAGUCAUCAACAGAAUCGGAGCCGCUAUCCGUGCUCGAUCAAGACCUCCUUUGGAGAAUCUCCGUCCAACAGCUUACCUGGACGGUCUUCGUGGUUUUGCAGCUCUUUUGGUGUACAUCCACCACCACCAACUAUGGGCCCACGGUAUUUUUGACCAAGACAAGGUCUUUGAGAAUGUAUUUGGCUAUGAAGGGAAAUAUUACUUUGUUACGUUCCCUGGCAUACGGCACUUCUUCGUGGGCGGCCACUAUGCCGUGUCAACCUUUUUCGUCAUCUCAGGCUAUGUCCUCUCUCUCAAACCGAUAAGCCUUAUUCAAGCAGGAGAGUACGUCCAGCUUGGCGAUGUCCUCGCAUCAUCAUUCUUCAGACGCUGGAUCCGCCUUUUUCUGCCUCUCAUUAUGGCCAUGAUCAUCUACAUCACGUUUCUGCACGUCUUUGGCGUGUGGGUGCGCAUCAUGACCAAACAGAAAAACUGGUAUGAUGAGAUGUGGACGUUCUACUACGAGUUCAAAAACUUCAGCUUUGUUUUCAAAGAAGGCGGCGAGCCGUGGUUGACGUACAACAGACAUCUGUGGUCUAUCCCUGUGGAAUUCAAAGGCUCAGUUGUUGUUUUCACCGCCCAGAUGGCAUUUUCUCGAUGUACGAAAAAUGCUCGUCUCUGGUGUGAGCUGGGCCUUGUUUUCUACUUUAUGUACAUUGCCGAUGGAUCGUUUUAUGCCAUGUUCAUGUCAGGCAUGCUUCUCUGCGAUCUGGACUGCCUUGCAAAGAAGGGUGAUCUUCCUCGCUGGAUGGCACGUCUUGAGCCAGCGAAAGAGUUUAUCUUUUAUCACCUCUUUGUUUUCAGCCUCUUUUUGGGAGGUGUUCCCUCCCAGAACUCCAAUGUCGAGCAACUUGCCAAGAACAGAGGUUUCUACUAUCUCUCAUGGUUCAAGCCGCAAGCUGUGUACGAUUACAAGUGGUUCUACCUGUUCUACGCAGCCGUGUUCCUCGUGGCUUCGAUUCCUCGAAUCUCUUGGCUUAAGAGCUUUUUCGAGACGAGAUUCUGCCAGUAUUUGGGAAACAUUUCAUUCGCCUUGUAUCUCUGCCACGGCCCAGUUCUUUGGGUUGUUGGAGAGCGGCUAUAUAUGGCUGCAGGAUGGCACAACGACGACAUGAUGAAGGCUAUUCCUCACUGGGCGAACAAACUGCCUCUAUCAACGAAGGGACCUAUGGGAUUAGAGUUGGCGUUUUGGGUGCCUCAGUUGAUCCUCUUGCCUUUGACGUUUGGAUUAGCUCAUUUUGUGACGCGGUUUAUUGAUACGCCCAGUGUCAAGUUUGCAGCUUGGUUACAUAAGAAGGCACUGGGAGACCCAAUUAGCAAGCAGGCCAGACAUUAA